UUUUUUCUUUAAAGCAAAAAUCUCACUUCGCACUAUAUAUUAAUUGCUUCUCCACUGCCCUUUGUCUCUGUACAUCUCAAGAACACGAAGAAGAAGAAGAAGAGACAGAGACUGAAAUCGCCAAAUACACUUGCUGCUGGUAUGAUGUUGUUGCUUACUCCUUAGAUUUGGUGUAGACAUAUGGUUCUUUCAACGAUCUUCGCUCUUCACCUCAAACAGGGUGUGGUUCGCAGCUUUUGAAAUGAUGAAUAUUCAAUCAUCUGAUUGAGUAAUUUUAUGCAUAUCCAUCCAUAGACAAAAACAAGAAGGAAAACAUAUAUAUUUUAAAGAAAAAGAUUAUAUCAAGAAAAAUAUGAUGAUGAUGAUGAGAAGAAGGCUGGCUUGCUGCACCUGGGAUAGAGAAAUUAGCCUCGACUUCGAUGAACAAGAGAGGAUUGUGACAUACAAUGGCCUUGAGAGUUGCAUUCAAAACAACCAAUCUUAUGAAAAUGAAAGUGGCACAAGCCAAGGAGAUGGGUGUAUGAGUGACUCCUUCGAAGAUGAUGACUUGAGCUGUUCUUCUACCAAAGAUGCUUUUGGAUCAUUUUCUUCUAAAUGUUUGACAAUGAAGAGGGAUGAGCACAGUUUGGAUGAUUGGGAGCUCUCAGAAAGCCCCCAACAUUUUUAUGUCAAGGCAAAACCAGUUUAUACUACCCAAUUUUCGGAUGUGGAGACAAUGAAGGAAAAAUUUGCAAAGCUGUUAUUGGGUGAAGAUAUAACAGGAGGUUGUAAGGGCCUCACUACAGCAUUAGCAUUAUCCAAUGCCAUAACAAAUCUUGCAGCUUCAGUUUUUGGGGAACUGUGGAAACUAGAGCCAUUGCCUGAAGAAAACAAGAACAAAUGGCGAAAAGAAAUGGAUUGGUUGCUCUCUCCUACAAACUAUAUGGUUGAGUUAGUUCCUACAAAGCAAAACGGCGCCAAUGGCAAGGCCUUGGAGAUAAUGACUCCAAAAGCUCGCGCAGACAUCCAUAUGAAUCUUCCAGCACUUCAGAAGUUGGACUCCAUGCUUAUUGAGACACUGGAUUCAAUGGUGAAUACUGAGUUUUGGUACACAGAAGUAGGCAGCCGGGCAGAAGGUAGGACCAAAAGCACAAAGCAGAGCAAGAGGUGGUGGCUCCCAUUGCCACAGGUACCCACAACUGGGUUUUCUGACUCAGAAAGGAAAAAACUGCUCUAUCAGAGUAAAGUGGUCUAUCAAGUCUUCAAGGCUGCCAAAUCUAUCAACGAAAAUGUAUUGCUUGAAAUGCCCGUACCAACCAUUAUCAGGGAUGCACUACCUAAAUCUGGAAAAACAAACCUUGGCGAGGAACUGUAUAAGAUCCUGACUGCAGAUUCAAAAACAGCUGAGGAAAUGCUUAGCUCUCUUAAUUUAAAAUCUGAACACAGUGCACUUGAGGCCAUUAACAAAUUGGAAGCUGCCAUGUUUGCAUGGAAAGAGAAGAUUACAGCACAAGUUAGUAGUAAAUCCCCUGUUCGAACAUCUUGGUCCUUUGUUAAGGACCCUAUUUCAGAAUUUGACAAGACAGAGUCACUGUUGGACAGAGCAGAAAUCCUUCUGCAGCAAGUCAAGGCCAGAUAUCCAAAUCUUCCUCAAACAUUUCUUGAAGCUACAAAAAUCCAAUAUGGCAGGGAUGUUGGCCAUUCAAUUCUGGAGGCGUACUCCCGGGUUCUUGGGAAUUUGGCUUUCAGCAUUUUGUGUAGGAUAGGGGACAUUUUGCAGGAAGAUGCUUCAAGCAAUCCCAAUUCUCAUGCAACAAUCAGUUACUUCCCUGGAAUAAAUGUAUCAGGAAUUCCAGAAACUCCAGUUCAUGCUCUUCACUCGCGACGCUUGUUGGUUGAUCAGAUGAAUAAGGUGGAUGGAAAGUACCGUGAAUCUAAUGCUAGUUAUAAUUCUGAUAUAGGAUUCUCUUACAGUGAAGCCAAAGCAAGCUCCGUAAAUGCAACACCAAGCAGAAGCAGAGUAUGGUGCAUUGGUAGAGAAGCUUGCAUAAGUGUGUCUCCCAGUAAUUCACCAUGAUAAAACAAAAGGAGAGCUCUAUGGCUUUUUAUGAGUGAAACCAUCUUUUUCUUACUCUUAAAGAAGAAGAGGUUUUUAUAUUGCAAGCUUAUGUAGAUGAUAUUACCAUAUGCGUAAUGAAAUAUGAAGAGGUUAAUUUUGCCUUCUAUGUA